AACUAUAGAGAUGGGGAAGAAAUCACUUGCUGAGCAGAUUGCUGAGCUUAAUAAGCCCAGAUCUGAAUUCGAUAUUGAAGAUAACGAUCUUCGUGAAAAUGUCUUUGAACAUGAAGAUAAUAGUGAUAAUGAAGCAGUUUCAUCCGAUGAGGAGAUGAAGAAGGAGCAUUAUGUAGCUGUAAACAAGUCUAAAUUGAGACAAAAUGAAUUAGACUUGGGCUCUAAGUAUACUGGAAGUGUUUCUAGUCGUAAGGAUUUAUAUGAUGAUGACGAAGAAAUGAACCAAGAAGAAGAUGACCAAGAUGAAGAAGAUGAAGAAGACGAAAGUGAGGACAACUCCGAAGAUGAUGCCGUUGAUUUGGAUAACUCUGACCUUGAUGAUAUAGACUCCGAGGAUGAAGAUUCUGAAGAGCAAGAUUCUGAUGAUAAUACUCCUGAAGAAGAUGAAUCCCUUACACAUAAAAGAGAUAAACUUAAAGAACUCUUGCAACAAGAAAGAAAGCAUAUUGUGAGUAGACUUUCACUGUCAGCCAGUGGAGAUGCACUCAAGGGUUACACUGUACUCCAACAACACAAAUUCUUCGACUCUGUAUUGGAUGCUCGUAUCAAAUUACAAAAAUCAAUUGCAGCCUCUAAUAUCUUACCUCCAAACGCGGCCACCAUCAAGGCUGAACAGCUCAGCACAAAGAAAUCAGACAAAUACUUGUCUCGUGCUCAAGACAAGUGUUUUGACUUGUUGGAUAGCAUAUUUGCAUUGCGUAACACUCUCUUGAAAAAGGAUUCAAUUACCACUUCUACACCCCCAAAAGCCCCAAAGAAACGUACUCUCUCAGCAUAUUUGGAAGCUUCAUCUCAACAAGAUGAUCUUUUGAAUAAAUAUAGAAGUGCUGUAUUGACCAAGUGGUCAGCUAAGAUCCAAACUUCAUCUGGUUCCAACGCCUUAAAUGCAGGUAAGUUUAAGGCUAUUAAUCAAUCUUCUGAACAACAAGUUGCCAACAACUUGAGUGAUAUGGAUAGAUUAGUCAAGAGAACUAAACUCAACCGUAGAUUGAUAACUCCUUUGGGCUAUGCUCACUAUGUAAAGGAAGAAAAGAAAAGGCGUGGUGAAUCUGAUGACGAAGACGUUGAAAUUGAAGCGGAAGAAGAUGCUGAUAUUCCAAAGACUGCCAAUGAAAAUAAGUCAUCAAUUGCUGAAAUUGAUGAGAUUUUCGAUGAUGAAGAUUUCUACCGUGUACUUUUGAAUGAUCUUGUGGAUAAGAAGGUUCAAUCAAGUAACCCAACUUCUGGAAUGGCCAUCACUCUUGCUAGUGCACAAAGACUGCAAAAAUUAAAGAAGAAUGUAGACACCAAGGCUUCCAAGGGACGUAAGCUCAGAUACCACAUACAGGAACCUAUCGCUAACUUUGAAGCUCCUGGUAAUGGCUGGAAAUGGCAAGAUGAUCAAAUUGACGAGUUUUUCGCAUCCUUAUUGGGUCAAAAGGUUAACAUGGCAGAAGAUGAUGAUGAAGAAGAAACUCACAGUGAUGAGGAAAUUGCCGCAGAUGGAAUUAAACUUUUCGGAUAGGUUAAAGUAAAUUCAUUAAUAU